AUGGGGAACAGGCAGGGUCAGCAGCCAGGCUGCAGGGAGAGACAUGUGCACGCUGGGAGGUCAGACCCUGCAAGGCCCGUGGGGAGUGUCAGAUGGGACGGGCUCCAGGUCCAUCCUCUGGGCACUGGGCAGCUCUCAGGCCAGGCUCCCUGGACUCUGGUGGUUGAUGUGGUCACUCCCAAGGCACUGCUGUCAAGCUUCAGGCAAGCACUGCAGGAAGAAACAAAUCUGGAAGAAUCUCCCACACACACCAGAACUGAGUGGCUAGACCUCCUUGGAGAGGGUGAGGAUGUGGCCUGCUUGACAGCAGAGAAUUUUGCUGUUUCUACACUGACAAAACACUGGAAAGCUGCUCCCCUAGGUGCUGCUUGUGACCUGCUCUGUCCCCAGAGAGGUGAUGGCCAGAGUUGGCUGCUGUCCGCCACAAGAGCAAGUUUUUUCCCCUUCCCCACCGUUUUCUUCCCCUCAGUCUCUCCCAUUCCUCGCAGCACGGCUUCUUGUGGCGGCAGCUUUUCCUCCCAUCUCCUUCUACCCACCCGCUCGCUUCCAGUCUCCACCUUCCCGCCUAUUCCCCCAGCAGCGGCUUCCCGCCGCUCCCUCUUCUCCCCUCCCCCUCCUCACCGUCUUCUCCCGGCUUAUUACCCCCAACUGUUUUCUUCCUCACCCCGCACCGUUUCCUUCCCAUGUCUGCCGCAGUCUUCUUCCCACCCUCUUCUCCUCUCCCCAUCGUCUUCUUUCCCAGCCUCUUAUUCUCCGUCUUCUACCCGCCUCCAUAUCCCCACCUUCUUCUCGCAGCAGCGUCUUCCUGCCGCGCUUUUCUCUCCGCGCACCAAAUCUUCUCUCUUCCUCUUCCCACCGUCCUCUCCCCACGCCGUCCUCUCCCCACGCCGUCUUCUCCCCUCACCGUCUUCUCCCCACGCCGUCUUCUCCCCGCGCCUUGCCCACAACCGUUUUCUUCCCCUCACACCGUUUUCUUCCCAUGUCCUCCCACCGUCUCGCAGGAGCGUCUGUCAGUCGCAAUCUUCUUCUCACUUUCUUCUCUCCCUCUCCCCAUCGUCUUUUUUCCCAGCCUCUUAUUUCCGCCAUCUUCUUCCCCUCCCCACCAUUCUCUUCCCGUUUCCAUCUCCCCACCUUCUCGCAGCAGCGACUUCCUGCCGCGCUUUUCUCUCCCCCUCUCCCUUCUCCCCUCUUCCACUCCCCACCGUCUUCGCCCCCGAUCGUCUUCUUGCCCGCCCCCUUCUCGCGCUCUCCCACUGCCUUUCACCUAGAAGCUCCCCACGCGUGCGCGCGCCUGUGUCCCUGCCCCCGGAAGGUCGUGGGAACAUCCAGAGACCUACAGGGAAGACGGCCAUGGGACAAGGGAGGCAGAGUCUGGAGUUAGCUGCCUACAGUCACGGAAUGCCAAGGACAGCUGGAAACCACCAGAAGCUAAGAAGGAGAUUUUACCUGAAAGCCUCCCAAAGGAAUCAGUCAUACUCACACCUCCUUUUUGAAUUUCUGGCCUCGUGAAUGGUGAAAAAAUGAAUUUCUAUCAUCUUAAGCCCUGUGGUUUGUGGUCAUUUAUUCUGUUCCUAGCCUUAGGAAACUAACACAGCAUGCUAAGGGAAAAGAAGAAAAUUCUGCAUAAAAUGUCAUUUUACUUUUUAAAACAACUACUGUUGACAGUAAAUGAGUAUUCUUCUAAGAUUCAUAUGCAGAACAUAUAUGCAGCCCAGAACAUUUUUUCAGACCCAUGGCAUAAGUGAUAUGAUCGAUAAAAUCCAAAUAUUAACCUGCCAAAAGAGUUAUUUUUUCUUUUGCAGUCAUUUAAAUGUAAUAAGCAGAGGUCAU